AUGUUGAAAUACUUCAAUGAGAAUAUAUCCCUAGCGCUGCAGGAGAGAUACAGGGACCUCCAUGAGUAUCGGAAGACGGAAGAGGUAGAGGAGGGAUCACCGAGGGAGGCUAAAGUUCCGAAAAUAGCUGAGGAGGGAGACCAGAUCGGCGGCGAAGGCGCGUUUGAGUCGAGCGCCGCGCCGCCGUUCCCGAGGCUCCUGGACCCCCCCAAGGAGGAGGACAACUUUGUGGCGAGUUGGCUCCAGAACUCCUUUAAGAUGACUGCAGCGGAAGGGAACCCCGAAGCGUCCACGGCCGGCAGUGCCUUGGACUUGAGAGCCACACCGAUUUCUUUACACAUACCGGCGUUACAGCAAGCGGCUGAAGCCCAGCGCCAGUUCAAGAUGCAGGACUUCUGGAACCGGAGUCGACCGGGGUCUCCGGUCCAGGAGCCAAUGCCUGAAGGACAGGGUCAGAGUCAACCAGGACCUACUCCUCCUACGCCGCAGCCACCAGCUACCCCUGACCACAAGAUCAUGACUGAAAAACUAGUGAAUGAAAUUCAGCAGCAACAGCAAUCACCGUCUGCCGACUCUACGAUGAGCGAAAGAUCUUUGGUACCAUUUGCGCUGCCUCAACAAUCGCCGACUGGGGACGGCCCGAUCGACCGCAACAUGUUGCCAUUCGCAUUGGUAAAUUUCCUGAAUAGCCUGAAUAUCGAUCAACAAGCGAGGUCCGGGCAAAGCAUCAGCGAGCGAACUCUAGAAGAAUGCUGGUCUACACUUCAGCGAGUGAGUUGGCAUCUGUUUCAAUGCAUCUUUAUGCACAAAAACGCAAUGCAAAUGCACGCGAGGGAGCUCCAGAGAGGUUUAGGAGGUGAAGUGAAGCCUCAUCAAUGCCAGCAGUGUCUGAAGUCCUUCAGCUCGAAUCACCAGCUGGUCCAGCAUAUAAGGGUCCAUACGGGGGAGAAGCCAUACAAAUGCUCCUAUUGCGACCGACGGUUCAAGCAACUAAGCCAUGUUCAACAGCACACGAGGUUGCAUACGGGGGAGCGCCCCUACAAAUGCCACUUGCCAGAUUGCGGUAGAGCCUUCAUCCAACUGUCCAACCUUCAGCAACAUCUGAGGAACCACGAUGCCCAGGUGGAGAGAGCCAAAAACAGACCUUUCCAUUGCAACAUUUGUGGCAAAGGGUUUGCCACUGAAAGCAGCCUUAGAACGCAUACAGCCAAGGAGCUUCAGCUGCACCUUGGUGUUUUGCAGCAACACGCGGCCCUCAUGAUCGGUGGGGCGACAGCCACCACUUGCCCAAUAUGCCACAAAGUCGUUUUUGGUGGCGAAGCACUUGUAGAACACAUGAAGAACACGCAUAAAGAUCCCAAUGCAUCCGGCGUUGCGAGUCCACCCGCCACGUCACCUUAUCCAGCUCAAGCUAAACCAACUGAUCCUUAUAUAGCCAAGCGGCGUACUGCGAACCACCCGUGUCCCGUUUGUGGGAAGCAUUACGUGAACGAAGGUUCCCUGAGGAAGCAUUUGGCGUGCCACCCGGAGACCCAGCUCACCAGCAGUCUGAGGAUGUGGCCCUGUUCCGUUUGCCAAGCUGUCUUCACUCAUGAGAGUGGUCUUCUCUCCCACAUGGAGCAUAUGAGAAUGGAGCCGAAGCACCAGUUCGCAGCUCAGUACGUCCUCUCCAGAGCUGCUGCCGAAAGAAGAGAAAGAGACCUUCUUGCUGCCGUUUCCGCCUCCGCCGGGGGGUCAGGCCUCCUGAACCUGGCUCCACCAUCCCCCGCCCAUUCAGACUCAUCAUCCAACGGCCGUCUCUCAUCAUCAGCAGGUUCAGAAGCCGGUGCCGCGGUCAACAAACUGACAGACUUACUCAGAUCAGCGAACAAUGGACACCAAGCCUACGGAGACGAGAGAGUGGCAGCGAUCGCCGCUGCCGCAGCCAACAUGAUGGCCCAGCCCGGGGAAGGAGCCAGUGCGGUCCAGGUAGCUGCAGCCAAUCUGGUGUCCGCCAUGAGACAGCAACUGGCGAGAGAGCCGCCACCAGCUCAACCCCCAGCGGAAACUCCCCCCGCGCCAGCCGAAGCUGCCUUAAGAAUCCAGCAAGCUGAAGCUUUACUACGAAGUCAGGCUGAAGCCUUACGCCUUGCGGUGUCACAGGCGGCAGCGGCCCGCACGAACGAACCCAGUCCUUUGAGACACAACGGAGGUUUCCCCCCACAGCCCCCGAAUGACGCGAGUGGACAGUUAUCGCCAGAAUUAGUUGAGGCAUUCAGAAUCGCACAAGAGCAGAGGUUGGAGCAAGCGUUAAGGUUGCACGAUCCGAGGAUGCUUGGCUUUAAUCUGCCGUCGCCGGCUCAGCAGGCGGUGGCGGCGCAACAAGCUGCGGCGCAACAAGUGGCGCAACAAGCUGCACAGGCCGCGCAAGCUGCACAAGCCGCGCAGGCAGCCCAGCAACAGCACAUCCAAGCCGCGCAAGCUGCGCAGGCCGCUCAAGCCGCGCAACAAGCUGCGCAACAAGCUGCACAGCAAGCUGUCCAUCUCCAACAGAACCCUCAACCAUGA